AUGACAAUGAAACAUUUCAUGAAUAGUGGGGCUUGUGCCAUUAGAACAUUUUCUGGUUAUGAUUAUCCGUUUGGCACUGAAGCCAAUAAGUCAUCGGAAAUUGGCUUACUCAAGAGAUGCUACUCUGCCAAUGCCUCGUAUCUGUUCCAGCAAGACAAGUUUUAUGACAUAAGCUAUGACACAGGUGACAAAUCCAUCCAGUGUAGCAGAAGAGCAGAUGCAUUCAAAUUCUGGAUGACAUGGAAAGCCGUGGGGACAGCUGGCCUUGAGGAGAGAGUGAACAGAGCCCUUGCUUUAGUCAGAUACUUAGUGGAUGAAAUUAAGAAGAGAGAAGGAUUUCAGUUGCUUCUGGAGCCAGAAUAUGCAAAUAUUUGCUUCUGGUAUAUUCCUCCUAGCCUGAGAAAGAUGGAGAAAGGACAUGAAUUCUGGGAAAAGCUCAGUCAUGUUGCACCCACCAUUAAAGAAAGGAUGGUAAAAAAGGGCAGCAUGAUGCUGGGUUAUCAACCUCAUCAUGGAAAAGUUAAUUUCUUUCGCCAGGUCAUCAUUAGCCCCCAGGUGAUCCGCGAAGAUAUGGACUUCCUGCUUGAUGAGAUUGAUUCGCUUGGGAAAGACUUGUAGUUGACACUCCCCAACACUAGUGCAGCUUCUGUGUGUAGAGUUUAUAGUCUAAAAAAGUGGCAUGACGUUAUUAGACCUUGUGAUUCAUAUAAAAAUGCUCAGUAGAUGGUGGGCAAAUGGUGGGCAAAUGGAAGUCUGAUUUUCUGCCAUUCUAAUAAACAGGUAAUAACUUCUUGAAAGAUACACUUUGCAUCUCUAAACUGCAAGAUGAAACAUUACUUCAUCACUAAGAUGAGUAUCUAAUUUAAUUCCUGUAACUGAACUGAGUGCAGUUAAGUCAUUGAUGUAGCAGGGCUAAGUGUGACUCAAUGAGUAUUAAAUGAAAGAGUACUGUCAUGUGUUGUGAAAUUUAAAAGUUAAAGGAAAUUUUAUCAUGAUGGGGUGAUGUACAAGUGUUACCAACUGUGCUGCCCUUUGGAAAAAUGAAGUGUUAUAUGAGCAAUUGGAUACGUCAUCAACCACACAUUUUUCCUGAAAACAUUCAUUUUUGUGUAGAGAUCCAAAAAGAUCCAUGCUGAAGAUUGUACAACAUCUCGUCUAUCUUUGGACAAUUGAUUUCAUGUAGCAGCCUUUUCCAUUGAUAAAUUGGGAUUACAACCUCUCUUAUUCCAAGCAGCAUGGCUAAAAGUUGUGCUGGCUGGGAAUUCUGGGAAUUAUAAUCUCAUCCCCCAUCUGGAGGACAUGAAGAUGAGGUAAACUGGUUUAUAAUUUCUGAAACAUGUCUACAAUACUAAAAUAGCAACAAGGUCUUUCUUAAGCAUUUCAGAAGCAUAUUUGAGUUAAAGUUUAUGUGUGUAUGUACACAUAUAGAUCUUAGUUGUAUUUUUGAUGCAGUGUAACUAUUUAAAAUAAGGUUUAUGGCACUGAUUCAUCAUCAUUUAUGUAAUAAUAUAAAAACCAUCAGCAUUCACCUACCUGAAUAUAAACUUGUUGGAGACUACACUAAAAGCAAUAUAUGUAUGUAAUCAUUUGAAAUAUGUUUGUAAUAUUCAGAUAGAGACAUAGUUAAAUGGUAAAUAGGUUUGUGAAGAUGGAAAGGCCUAUAAUAUUUCCUCCUAUUUAAUUUAUUGCACUACACUUUAACAAACCUGUUUGUUAUUCAUGAUCUUAUUAUUUUAUUACUUUAUGUAGGGCUUCUACUAUACUUGUUCAUUUAAACGUUGAAGUUACAUUUGAAGCAUGACAUAAUAUUUAAUUUAGUAAUGCCCUGUGUUGUUUCUUUCUGCUUUCAGAGUUAUGUCUUACAUAUAGUGCAUAACAGAAUUGUCUAGAUUCAGCAUUGUAGAGAUAAUCCUUGUAGCAGCAUAUUUCAGUUUAAC